GUUGGAUCUUCAGUCGACGUCAAUUGAGACGCCAUGAGUUGACAUGAGACUUUUCUCUUAUAAGAAGGGCAGACUUUCACUACUCGUUUUCGUUAUCUGCAAUGUUUUUGGUAGUACAAGCACUUAAUUAGUGGUGAUAGGAGUAGUUCUCCGAUGACUCUAAACACCUUGCUACAUACGGCAACGAAACUACCUGUAUCCUCUGUCGAUAUUACCAGCGAUCUUACAGCCUUGGGAGUAUUGCAGUAUUACACAAGCAAAGCCAAACCUUAGUAGUUCUCCCAGAACACUCCAGCCGCCCAUCAUGUCAGCCUCAGCCUCGGCCUCAUCCCUCCCAUCCUCUUCCUCCCCCACCAUCAUCCUCACCAAUCCCACCCCUCAAGAACGCACCCGAACCUGGCUCUACAACCAGACCGAAUGGGGCAACAGCCUCACCGUCCCAGACUAUCUCGAGCGCGAGGAAUACCUCCUCUCCAUCCCACUCGCCCGCAACGGCGGCAUCACCAACUGGAUCCUCACAGACUCCGCCGCCGCUCCCGUAAACGGCGAGCGCCCCGUCCUGGCCGCCUGCGAAACCCUGCGCAAGCGAGCCCUCGUGAGAAACCGCGAUGACGGCAGCGUCCACGACGUGUGGGCGUAUGGCAUCGCCAGCGUCUUCACUCACAAGGAGUUCCGUGGCCGGGGGUAUGCCGGCAAGAUGAUUGAGCUGCUGCGCGGGUACAUGGCGGCUCAGCAGCGGGAGAUUGGCGAGCCGGCGUUUUCAGUCCUGUUUUCUGACAUUGGGAGAGUAUUCUAUGCCAAGCACGGAUGGCUGCCCCUGGAAAACACUCAGAUUGAGUUUCGCGUCAGACAAACUGCCGCAGAGCUCGAUACGUCGUCUGUUACGCUUAUUCACGAGGAGCAUCUGACCGAACUGGCUGAGCGAGACGAGAUUCUCAUCCGCAAGGAAAUAGCCAAGCCUAACGCUACUGAUGCCUCCAAGUUCCGCGUUGCCGUCAUCCCUGACAUCGAUGCUCUUCAAUGGCAUUUUUACCGCGAGGCAUUCAUCUGCAACGCCGCGUUUGGCCGCAAACCCACCGUUCACGGCGCCCUCUACACCUCUCCCUCAACCGGCUCCCGAGUAUGGGGUCUGUUCGAGCGGAAUCACUACGGCGGCCCAGAUCACCCGGAGAAGAAUCUCUUGAGCUUCCUGAGAUUCGUCAUUGAGGACGAGAGCAUCUCCGACGAAGAGUUAUCCACAGCUGUUGUGGGGAUCUUCCGCGCUGCUGAAAAGGAAGCCAAGGAUUGGGCCUGCUCAAAGGUCGAGAUUUGGAACCCCCUCAACAGAGUAAGGAAGGCUGCUGAGGCUGCCACCGAAUUCCAGACUACGUUUGUCGUUAGAGAAGACAAGAACCUGGCCAGUUUGAACUGGUUCGGCGAGGGCGCUACCGAAGACAUAGACUGGGUUGUCAAUGAGAGAUUCGAGUGGUGUUAGCUUGAUAAAAUUGAACAUAGACGUAAAAGAUACAUAGGGUCACAGAAAAAAGAACAAGCGAACAAGAAAUCAAGAUCAUUAACGUCAUUUAAUAAAUUUAUCCCUCU